AACGUUUGAUUCGUACAAAAACACAACCACAGCAACCUAUUUCUUUUGCUUCUUUGCCAGGUUUUUUAAAAGCAUUCAAUAGCAGAAGACGCUUUCCGGCUUUCGUGUCGUGUGUGUUGCUCUGGCGCUUUGCGUUCGUCGACUGUUUCAUUUUUCAUUCGUCAUUUGUUUCACUCCAGUAUCGUCCGUAUCGUCUCACUCAGACACUCACUCGUUACUCGAAAAAAUGGCUUCGCUAGUUUGUCGAUCGGUUUUUGCUGCAACUCGGCGAGGAGUUUCUACUACCGCUGUUAGGGCGGCAGAUAGAGCUAUGAACGAUCCCGUUGAACAUGCUACCGGAUUAGAAAAGCGUGAAAUUCUUGCCAAGCAAGCUGGACGAGAGGAUCCAUAUGAAAUGCAAGUCUACAAAAGAGUUGCUGGAACCAAGGAAAAACCCAAUGUUGUUCCCUCUGUUGCAGACUACCGUGUUGUAGGUUGCGUCUGUGAAGAAGAUGCUACUGCCAUCAACUGGAUGUGGCUUUACAAAGGUGAACCCAAGCGCUGUGAAUGUGGCUACUGGUUUAAAUUGGUUGAUUCAAAACCCAUUUAGAAUUUAGACUUAUUUGAAAGGGUAAAAGCUUUCUGAAUGUAUAGAAGAGAAUGAAUAAAAGAAGCAGUCCUGAUAGUGAA